GGACCCUCAGCCUGAGCUCUUCAACAACAACUACUUCUACGAGCAAGCCUUGUACGCCCUAGAGCAGGACAACUUCUGCGACUUUGAGAUCCAGUUUGAAGUCACCCACAACGCCCUGCACUCGUGGCUGGGAGGACACGCCAGAUACUCACUCUCCUCGCUCGACUACACAGCUUUUGAUCCCGUUUUCUUCCUGCACCACGCAAACACUGACAGAUUGUGGGCAAUCUGGCAAGAACUGCAACACUACAGAGGUCUUCCAUACAACGAAGCUGACUGUGCAAUCAAUCAGAUGAGGAAACCACUGCAGCCGUUCCAGGAUAAGAAGCUCAAUCCACGAAACAUCACCAACAUUUACAG